GAGGAUGAAGCAAUGGAUACUAGCUCAGCAGAACUGAGCGCAGCUAGAAUGCCCAAACACGUUACUCUUGGAGUAAGAAAUUGUAGAGAAGUCACAAUAACGGCUCCAACAACACCGGAUGAGAUUACGGGUGUACUUUUUAAUUCGUGCCCAGAAAAUGAACCUCAAGCCGCAGUUUUGCAACAGGAGCUAAUCAUCGCAUGUUCGGAUUUAAUUGCCCAAAAGCCGUUUGCAUUUGAUGGUGUACUGACAAUCCGACUUUCUUGGUUAGCAGAUGCCAUAUCCUUGAUGCUGAAUUAUAUGCAAAGUACAGGGAACAUCAGAAAAGACUCGGUUAUUGGAAAACUAAAUUUGUCAUUGUCAUGCACAUCAAGUAUUCACACAAGUAAGUGCGUGGAGUUUGAGUGUUUGGCAUCUCAUGUUCAUGGAAAUAAUUUUGUGAAGAAUUUAAUUAGCUCAAGACGACCAUUCUUAGUUUUUAUGUAUUAUAUGUAUCGCAACUGUUCAACUCACUGCUUUCUAGAAACAGAUCAAAGUCUGAGCGUUUAUGAUCUACCUCCAAUCGUUAUUAAGGAUGUUGUGGUUGCACUUCUGACCAAGAAAUAUUGGCAUUUGCUUACUCCACUUCAGUCUCGACGAUUAAAUGGCUCAUUGAAUCGUGUGCCAAUUAAUUUUUAUGACAGUGUGUGGAAAAUCCUAGAACGUACGCAAGGCGGUAUUGUCAUUGCUGGACGAAAUCUGCCCCAACAACCAACCCUGAGCGAUAUGACCCAGUUCGAGCUUACCUUUGCAUAUAAAAUUGAAUCAAUGCUAAGUGUCAUCGGACAUCCAGAAUACCGUCAUGUCCUUGUCGAGUUACUAUGUAUUAUCGCAAUUAUUUUGGAACGAAACUGCGAAUUGAUAUUCAGUGAUAAACUUGACUUAGAUCAGCUUAUUUUCUCAGCUUUUCGGUUGUACUGUUCAGAGAAUGGAAUUAGAGACAUGGACGACAUGACCCCGUUCUAUGAGCUGGACAAUUCUGAUUUCACUAAGAAUUCAUCGGCCAACUACCUUACGCGGGUAUAUCAAAUUUCUAUUUUGUUUUAUUGGUAUGAUCGUAGAUUGAAAAUGUGUAUUUCCUCAGCUAGAAAUUUUCAGAGUGUGGUAGACUGUAUGCUUAGUGGGACAUUACUGAAUAGGCGUAACACUUCGACCUUUAUGUCAGGCGACUCUCUUCGUCUGACACCCAUGUUCUUAUCUGAACGAUCUGAUGACCAAGGAUAUAGCAGUUGUUCAGUGAGCUGA